GCGGGACCUCUUUAACGACGACCAACUGGAGGAAGUGGUUUUCAACUGUGCCAGGUACUUCCGUACAUUUUAGCUGCCGCGUGGGACAGCUGCAACCGCGAUCCCGCUUCACAACCGACCUUACGGCGGUACAUACAGAAUACGGCGCCGCAAUUCGGUCGCUCAGACUCGCGAGUCCUGGUCCAUCGCUCCUAGCUCGGCCUGCGCUCGCGAUUCGCAGCUGUACCUAGCUUGACCGUCGCCGAACACACGAAUACCGCGGCCGCGACUCGCCCCUCGGAAGGAUGCGCCUAGGCGCCUCUUCCCCCGCUGACCAUGUCUGAACUGCGCGCGCUCGAGGCCCUCCAGGCCAUGCACGGAGAGCUAGUCGCCGUCCGCCAGCAUAGAUAUGAGGGCUUGCCGGUGCUGGAGCAGCUCCUCGACGCGCAAACCGAUGCUUUCAGGAAGCUGGUCGACAAGCCGCCGCGAAACUCGGCGGACAGAACAAAAUUGAGCGAAGGAAAAGUCAAGAUCGGCGACGAGGAGUACGCGAUUAACGACGAUUUCGCCAACGAGUGCCUCAAAGUCGCCGACGAGCUGGAUCUAAACGAACUCGAGUCGGCCAGGAUCCUGCUCGACUGCGACGCCGAGGGCGACCCCGAGACGCAGAGUCGCCCACUGUGGGAAUGCGGCGUCAUCCGAUUCCACCAGGAGCGCAGGUAUCUGCUCGACUGCAUGCGCCUUUGCCUCGAGAUUGCCGCCGACGAUGAGCUGGAGCCAGGACUGCAGGACGCGUUUGGCGCCGUGGCCGAGGAGAAGGUUUUCGGUAUCCCCCCGCCGGGGUCGCAGCCAGAGUUGGGUGCCAAAAAGGUGGUUCCGAGAUGCAUGGAGGCUAUGCAGAGCGUCAGGUCUAUGCUCCAAAGCAUGCUGGACAAAGCGGCUGCUCGGAACGUGCUACAGCAGGCCAGUCUUGUGAGGCCGCCGGAGAUUCAAGAAACAUUCGAUUUCUCGCGGGCGAGCCUCGUUGAACAACAUGAGUGUUUGGCCGCGAUCCUCCACGCUGCCGUCGAGAGGCGUCACGCCACCGUGGGCGACUUCCAGGAGUUCCUCAAGACCCUCCAGAAGGUCGACAAGUACGACCACUUCCUCGUCCACCUGUUUCCGGUUCUUGCGGCAUACAUCACGGUGUUCGGAUCGACCGAGGGGAUGGGCGACCUCCAGCAAGCGCGCCAGCUGAAUCAGCUUGUCUGCAAGCAAGGCGACGAUGAUUCCUGGGUCAUGCCGAACUUGCGUGCCGCGGUUAGGGCGUGGUGGAUUGCUGAGCACAGCGGAUGGUACCUGGACGACACAACCUACGACCUCGAGGGGAUCAACUUGGAUGAGGAGGACGACGAGCGGAACAAGCAGUUCACAGAGGCGUUGAAGGAGGGCGCGUUCGACUUCAUCUUGUCCGUCGCCGCCGACUGCAAGGCCCAGGAAUGGCAGGACCCAUCACGGCUGGGCAUGCGCCAAUGGAUCCAGCGGAAGUGCCCUCCUCUGGCAUCCGACCCCUUCCCCUUCAGUCACUUCCUCCAACAGAGCCUGAUGGUGCACCUGGAGGGCUUUAUCGAUGCCGCCAUCUCCAACCUCCCAGAUAUGCUGAGGAAACUGAGGACCGAGGAGGACGAGCAACGCCAGCUCAGCCAAAACCACGAACAGGAUCUCGACCUGGAGCGCUUCCUCAUCAUCAUUUCGUAUGCCUACGAAGGCAGACCGGACGCCGCCAUGUCGUUUUGGGAAGACCCCGAUAGCAAUCUUGCCGGCUUCUUGCAAUGGGCCUCGAGACGGGCGUCCACUCCGCUCGUCAGCGCGUUUUGCGAAAUGCUUGUUUGCCUGUCUGACAGUGAGGAGUGCGCCACGGCGGCCCACGCCUUCCUCCUGGACGAAGGCCACCAAGCUUCGGGCAAAAUGAAGCGCUCCCAAUCCCUGACGUGGUCCCAGAUUUUCAAGGAGCUGAAUUACUUCACAAAGAGGCUCGGCGAGGGGUCAACGCAGGCCCAGGCGCACAUGGUGCAACGCUCCGGCAAACCCGGCGCUGAUCUGACCGAGACCGAGCCCGAGUCAGUCUUGAUGCUUGAGUGUUAUUUGCGUCUGAUAGCGAAGCUGGUGUCGGAGAGCGAGGUCGCCAGGCAGAGAAUGAUUCUGGAUGGCGACUUGCCACUUGUCGACACAAUGUUCAAGCUCCUUGCUGUCAGAAUUCCCCGUCGGCUUCGGGCUGGCGUCUUCUACGUUCUGAAAGCCGUGAUGACGAGGAGGCAGGCUUCCGAGAACGAGGUGUUGUGGAAAUUCAUUGACGAGUUCACGACCGGCACGCUUCCCAAUCAACUCGGACUUGCGCAACGAAUUUCGUAUCUCGGCCAGCCCGUGAGCCCGCAGGUAUACAUGGAGACAGCUCUGAGGGAUGUGAGCGAUGACUUCGAGGAGUCGAAUGCCUUUAUCCAGCUGCUCACCUCUCUUUUCGCCCCGCUCGAGGACUCCGAAGGACUGAACGACUCCUUGACCUUCCCGGAAAACUUGGGGAGCAGUGUGCGCGUUCCCGGCAUGGAACCCUAUGUCGACUUUGUCUUCCGGGUUUUCGCCGACAAGCCCCAAGACCUCGUCGAUCCCGCGCAAUGCAGGGCGUUGCGCGUUAGCGCUCUCGAAUUUGCCCUCACAUGCUUGUCAACCUUCAACGAGGACCUAAUCAUUCUGGGCAACGAGAGCAAUAUCGCCAUCGACAUUGCUAUGCCGACGACGGACCUGGCCACUUACGUGCGCCUCCAUCCGUUCGCCCGCGUCAUGGAGUGGCUGUUCAACGAAAAGGUCAUCGCCGCCCUGAUUCGGACCAUCCAUCAGGACCCCAGCGAUCUGGGCAGUGCGUCCCCGGACUCGCCUCUGGUGCUGAGCAUUUUGCGGGGAAUCCAGGUCAUGAUCAAGGCGCUCGAUCUCCAAGACACCUACCUGCAUCUAGUCCGGCCUCUGAUCGAAGCGCAGUCUGGACAGCGGCGAGCCAGCGUGGCAAAUUCUGCCUAUGCCUCCUUCGAGGACGGCAUCCUCAGCCAUCUGUCUCUGGUGGUCGAUCUGGGCAAGUACUGCAACCUUGGCCACGGCGAGCUGACGCUCGCGUGCCUGAAGUUGCUCGAAAAGAUCUCGACAUCGCCUAGGAUCAUUGCGGCGUGGAAUCCGGAAACCGGUCGGCUCGGCCACCGAAACAAGGCGAUCGUCCAGCUCGAGAGGAACGGCGAGGGCCAGACCAUUGCCGCUUCUCUGUCUGCUAUCCUAUCAGCCACCCUAGACCCUGUCCUGGAGGCCGAGUCGGAGAACUAUGUCAUCAAGCUGUUUAUUCUCGAUUUCCUCUACGAGUGCCUCAAGGCGACGCCGGACCAACCAACCAUCGCCCACUUGCUCCUAGGCUUCCACUGCGAGCUUAACCAGCUCACCAUUGAGCCCAGAGGUGCCUUCGACGCGCAGAAAUCUCUGUUCCACAGUCUGCUCAACGUCAUCAUCGGGCUCUCGGUGUACGAAGAGGAGCAUGGCAUGCGAGGGUAUCUCAUCACCUUGAAAUACCGAAUUCUGCGGAUUUUACAGGUUCUGUGGAAGUCGCCGCUCUCAGCAACUCUGGUCAUGGACGAGUUGAGGUCAACCAACUUCAUGUUCCACAUGCUGCUGAAGGAGGUUCAGAUCCAGCCAGCUCUGCGGUGGGAUGACUUGGAGGCGAAUAACCCCGAGUUCCUGCUCUCCAAUGCCUCCGUGGCGUACAUCGACUAUCUCGGCGCGCGGGCCAUGAUUUUCGAGUACAUCGGCAAGGAGCUCUGCAGCGUUUCCCAAAACCGAAUACCCUCGAUUAAGCGGCAAAUAUUCGACGCCCUGAACGGCCAGAUCAAUAUCGAUGGCCAGGAACCGCUGACCCUCGGAAACGUCUUUGACUUCUUUGAUUUCUUGAAUCCCGAUGCCAACUGGGACGUCCCUCCGCCGCAGUUCGUCUUCUACAAGGAUCUCGACCUCCGGCCAUGUGCCGUCGAGCACCCCGAGGCGGGCUUGCAAUACAACAUCCACAAAGUGCGGGAAAUCAUUUCUCUGAAGCGGAACGAGCUCAGGGAUACGCUCCAGGUGGCUUCCCAGCAGGACUUGGACGCCAUCGAAACAGAGGAGGGCGUGUUGGUCGAGUACUUGACCUUCACUAACCGCCAGAAGCUGUUCAAUGCAUCGAGGCUCGCCCUGCUGAGAUCGUGGGCGAACGUGCUGCUCGUGAUGUUCGAGGCCCGCGACUUUAAGGGUACACCCAAGAUGGCCUUCCUGCUGCAAGCUCUGCAAGCCAUUCUUCCGACCCUCGAGGCCUACAGCACCCCGAGUCCUGCCGAGGCGUUCGAGCUUGCAAGAGUCGCCAAGGAGCUGCUCUUCAAACUCGACUUGUCGGAGGACGACGACAACACCGUCACCGGCCUGGACAAGGAGAGAUUCACGGUGGGCAACCUCAUCAGCGACAAGCUCUUCCAGCUCUUCCAGAUCUGCCUCAACUCGAUCGGCAAGUGGGCCGGCAGCGCCGAGCUCCGUGCGUUAUACUACAGCAUCUGCUACCGCUAUCUCACCGCCGUCGUCGACAGGGACGCCACGACCAGUAGCGGCAGCAGCACUCGCAACCUCGCAGCAGUCCGCCUGAAGGCCCUUAAGGCGGUCCACCUUCACGGCGACCGCCUCCUCAACGUGAUCUGCGACGACGCCUACGGCAGCGACCCGGCCUGCCAAACCGCCGCCAUGGUACUUCUCAGCGCGCUCGUGCACACGUCCCGCGCGACCGACGAAGACGCGGCCAUCAUCGAGUCGCUCAACCGCCUCAACUUCAUCGGCGUGCUCGUCGACUCGCUCAAGACGAUCCUCACCGACUGGCUCGCCGCCAGCUCCACCACCACCUCGCAGCGCCCUUUAUUACCCAACGAUCUUCGCGCCACCAUCUACCCCAGCCCGCCCGCCGCCGCCCUCGACACGGAGCGGUACACGGCCGCCAAGCUGGCCCUGCUCCUGCAGAUCGCGCAGACCCGCCAGGGCGCCAAGUACGUCGUGCAGGCGAACCUGUUCCGCGCGCUCGAGCACGCCGCCGUGUUCGCCGCCGACCCGGAGCUGCAGGUGCCUCCCGUCAGCGCGCGCGCGGCCGACGACGGCGGCUACGACGCGGCGCGCGCCCUGGCCAGGCACUACGCGCUGCUGGUGGCGCUGGCGCGCAUCGUCGCCGCCGCCGUGCUCGCGCGCGGCGCCCACAACGUCGUCCAGGGCCGCCGCUUCCUGACCCAGCACCGCAUGCUGGUCGUGCACACGCUGAAGCGGAGCGCGGGGAUCGGCGGUGUGGGGUCGGCGGCGCCGGCGGGGGCGUGGUCAUCACUAGAGAACGGUACGCCGGCGGGGGCGAGGAGGGCCCUGGAGGCGCAGGCGCAGGCUGAGUUGCAGGAGAGGAUUGAGGAGUUGGCCGAGGCGUUUAUGUUGCUGAUUACCGCGACGGGGUUUUUGGAGUUCGAGGCGGGCCAGGUCCCUGCUGAGAAGCCGAGAGUGAACACGACGAUCUUCCACUGAGGAGGGAUUCGCUCUGGGCGGUGUAGGUAAUCGAUCGCGGCCUGUACAGCAGUCAAUGGGUUCUUGGGAGGGGAUUAGAAAAUGGAAGGUGAAUCGCAGGAGGAGUUGAAUAGACACGGGGCAAGAAAAAAGGAAGGUGAUCAAGGCAGCCAUGUCUCUCCGAUAACAACCUUGGUGCCAGCAAGCACAUCCUCUACAUACAGAGCAAGUUGGUCAUACACCAAGAAGCGCACGGGUCGAGAAAAGCCGACCUCGAAUAUAUUCACUCUAGUCCUCACCUCGACAUUCACCCACCGAGGGUCAAAAUCUUAAGCCACCCAUCAGAGAGAGGAACUACAGAAAGGCAUCGUGACGCCCACCCAACCCGUU